AUGUCAACUGUUCCUAGUCUUAGCUUUUUGACCAGCAACAAACGCAAACCAAUCUUAAUAUGUGAUGGAUUCAUUUUUCAAUUAAACCGUACGCGACCAAAGUUGAAGUACUGGCGAUGCAAAGAUCGAACUUGUUCAGCUUACAUUCAUACAAAUCACAAGAAUCAAUAUGUUGGAAAAUCCGGUGAUCAUAAUGUUCAUUUACUAGUGCCUGAACAAGUUGAAGUUGCAAUGUUUAAAGAGAAGGUGAAAGAACGAGUUGUGAAAGAAACAACGGCGAUCGGAAAGAUUUACGACAAGGAAAUGGCUUCUCUUAAUCUGAGUGAUGGUGCUCUUGGUUUAAUUCCUUUGGCUGACGAAGCAAAAGCAUCGCUUAAUCGUUUACGACGACAAACAACACCACCAUUACCAACAUCAUCUUGUUUCGAUGUUCCCGAUGCCUAUUCAACGACAACCAGUGGUGCACAAUUUUUAUUCAGUGACACAGUUGUUCGAAAGAAGCGGAUGAUGUUGUUUGCAACAGAUGAGCAAUUGCGUAUGCUUUUUUCAGCAAAAACCAUUAUGAUCGAUGGAACAUUUUCGGCAUCUGUACCACACUUCAAUCAAGUGUUUUCGUUGCAUUGCAUCAAGUAUGGAUACAAUUUUCCAUGUGUUAUCGGUUUGUUGCCUGGUCGAACUGCUUCAAUAUACAAGCAGGUCUUCGAGGUAUUGGAUGCAGCAGCUCAACGGCUUAAUUGCAAAUUUAAUCCUAACAAAAUCAUGUCCGAUUUCGAGCAAGCUCUCAUCAAGACAAUUGUUUCAUAUUUUCCGAACGCGAAACAUUCUGGAUGUUUCUUCCACUACACACAGUGCUUGAAUCGUCGUAUUCAAACACUGGGAUUAAGCAGGUUUUACAACAACGAUGAAGAAAUACGCUCGUUGUGUAGACAUUUGAUGGCUUUACCACUAAUGCCACUUGAAGAUGUUCAACGAGCUUUUGAAACACUUAGUGAAGAAGCUCCAGUGGAAUUGCAACCAUUUUUUGAAUAUUUUGAGGAUUGGUGGAUGAAGAAGGUACCGUUUCGUCUUUGGAAUGUAUCGAAUUUAAAAGUAAAAACUAACAAUAAUGUUGAAUCUUGGCAUAGUCGAUUCAACAAAAGAAUCGAAAAAAACCAUCCUAAUUUUUGGUCCUUUGUGAAUACAUUGAAGCAAGAAGAAGUUCAUUUUAGACAACAGUUAAUUCAUGGCAAUUCUAAGUUAAAAAAAGGCGUCAAAGAAAACAUGCACCAUGCAGGAUAA